AUGCUCUCGGACCGAUCUAAGACCGCCGACUCUCCAAUCGUUCUCACCGGCCAGACCACGCUCGGAUGCAGCAUCUGCAAAGGUCCCGCCGGCUGGCCGGGCGUGUUCGUCCAGUCGAUCAAAGAGGUGGGCCUGGCCAGAGAGGUGGGCCUCAGGCCCGGCGACCAGAUCAUCCAGUGCAACGGCGUCAGCUUCGUCGACAUCGACUUCGCCAAGGCGGUGUACGUGCUGAAGCUCGCGCAGCACCUGGACCUGACCAUCCGGCGCGGUGUAGCGGCCGAGCUGUUCAGCAGCGGCUACAACAGCACCACCUGUAGCGGAACGGACAGCAGCAGCAGUAGCAGCGGCACGGCCGGCAGCUGCAGUCCUCACACAGACACGUCCGGUGGCGACCGCCGGCGGCUGGGGCCGACAUCUGGCGGCGGCAGCCGGCACGAAAGCCCACGUCCUCCACCUAGCAGCGACGAGCGCCACUUGGAGAGAUCGCUGUCACCGAUAGGUGGCGAUCUAGGCGCCGUCGGCCAUGGCGCAUCAAUUGGGCAACAUCGCAGGCCGCCAGUAUCUGGAGAUCGGACCAACAGCGAUUUUCCUUCAAGGGCGCCGGAGUCCUCGACCGAGCUACAGCGGAGCGCCGCGGCCGACCCGACCCCGGGUGACCCGACCCCGGGUCACCUGACCAUUGACCGGCACCGCCGCUGGCACGAGAUCGAGGCCGAGUGGGCCGAGUCGGAGCUGGCGCCUGUCGGCGUGGCCGGCGCGGUCACCCGGCUGCAAAUCGGCGUCCGUCCCAGCGGUCCGCCGCCGCCGCCGCCGCCGGCGCCUCCCGCCACCCUGCGCGGCCAGGGCGACGGCAGCAGCGAGGAGCUAGAUCAGCCCGACCGGUCAACCCCUCAGCAGGAAGGCCAGUGUCCUCCACCGCCGCCUAUGAUGUCAACCAGCACGCUGGUCCCCACCUGCCGACGACCCCUGCCGCAAGCCUCGGACGGGGUCACGACCGUGGACGAGCCGCGGGGCAAGCAGCAGCACGACCAGCUGAUGGAGGAAUUCAAGCAGGCGCAUAAGAGGAUGUUCGCCCACAAGGAAACCGAUGAACCUGCGUCUGCACGGAUAUUGCGGGAGCGGCACGGUGCGGGCCCGCCGGUGCGCCACGCGUCGCCGCCGACGAAUGGCCUGAAGCGGUCACGCCCGGUCAGCGGGGGCCGGGCCGCGCCGGAGCCAGGCCGCCUGAUCAGCCACGCUGAGAAGGAGGUCAUCAUCGAGUCCAGCGCGGCCAGUCGGCAGCAGCGCCAGGAGCAGCGGCCGCCGCCGCCGCCGCCACCCCCACCGCCGGAAGAGGAGAAGAAGGUGAAUGGUAUCAACAUCUACACGACGCCGACACUGACCAAGCUGGCACAGACUCGACAGGACAAUGAUAGGUGACGUACCCGUCACCGUGCUCUGAGGACAUCGGUGCGUCACCGCACGCCGCCUCCCCAGCAUGUGUCGGCAGCACCCACCGGCCAGAGGUCCCGCCACAGCAUUCUGGAGAGACCCCCGGAAUGAAGACCGUCGCAGAGUCACAUCGCCACUGGCGUCGUGUUUUCAAUUGAUCACUGCAUGCCUACGGCUUCUUCGAGUAUCAACGCCCGCACUCGCGCGGCAUGGUGCGGCGUGUUUGCCGCUUGAUUAGUUGGAGCUGACAGGGGAAGAAAAGCUGUCGAACACACGCGAACGUGAGGCCUGUCAGCGGCAGAGCCUGUUCCGGCCGCCGGGGCCAGAUCCACGGCCCGCGCGUUCUGAUUCCGUUCAGUCAGCGCGCGCGCUCGUCGCAGUCCGGCAGCGGACACGAGAUCGGUCCGGUCCACUCGCCUCCGUUACCUGGGCGUGCGUGUCUCUGGCGCGGGGGAUGCGUGAGUGCAGCAAGCCGGGGACGGCGCCGGGCCGUCUCUAACCGCCGGGGGAUGGGCGCCGGUCUCGCCGCGGCCCGCCCCACACGGCAGCUUGUCCAGCGCCACCGCGCUGCAGUCGCCCGCGGCGUGUGCUGUGCCGCUGUCCUGGCCGCGCAUCCCCACCCACGCGCAGCCGUCCGUCCGUGAACACGUGCCGCCCCGUCGCUGAGCUCAACCGAGGCGCCGGCUGCCCAGAGCGACCGACGUCGACGGCUGCUGGAGCCGGCAGACCACGGCCAGGGUCGCACACUCGAACGCGCCCGGACGGAGGCGAAGUGACGUCACGGCCGCGCAGUGCCGUGUGUAUCUGCAUAUCGCGUGCAGUCCGCUGGCUGGCGUGUGUUGUGUGCGCAGCGUGUGUUUUGGCGCAUUCAUGGCGCACGCGGACGCCAUGACAAUGUACUUAUAAUUGCGAAACACUAUUGUGUGAAGGUGCACGCCCAGAUCAUCAAAGAUUCCUUAGCAUUUCUUUAUUUUUUGUACGCUAAGUCAGCUUCGAAAUACAUAUAUCUAGACGUGAA